AUGUUUCUAUUACAGGGUGUGAUGAUUUUUGGUUUGGUGAAAUAUCAGCCACUACGUAUCACUGCCUACAACUACGAUUAUCCGCUCUGGGGUCAUGUGUUCGGCUGGUUCCUCUCAUUAUCGUCCAUGCUCUGUAUUCCUGGCUACGCCAUUUACGCCUGGUUCACUACUGAAGGAACUUAUUCUGAGAAAUUCAAAAUCCUCUUUCGUCCGGAUAUCGAAAUUCAAAAGACCAAUCUCGAAGUCCACGACGACACGGAAUUGCAAGAUUUUCACCAAUUAUAA